AUGCCCUCAUACUGGUGUGCAUUGCUUUUGAUGGGCUGUGGAACCGUUCCAAUACCCGGUUUAGACGGACCUCCCGGUAAACAUGGACCAAUAGGAGUUCAAGGCCAGAUGGGCAUAAAGGGAGAUGUUGGAAUGCCAGGAGAACCCGGUCCCGUGGGACCUAGGGGUCCGCCUGGAAUGAAAGGUGAGCCGGGCCAGUCCCGCUCGGCUCCAUCUUUGCUGCAGGGUCCUGGUGACACGACAGUCAAUGAAAGUCACACAGCCAUCUUAAAAUGUACAGCCGAUGGUAAUCCAAGUCCAAAGGUCACGUGGACUAGGUUGAAUUCAUCCCUUCCUGUUGGACGUCACGUGGUAGAUUCCAGUAGAACUCUGAUUGUGAAGGACGUUAGACCUGGAGACGACGGAGUCUACAGCUGCAGAGCUGAAAAUUUGUUGGGACACGUGAACGCCUCUGCGAAAUUAACUGUUCAGUUCGCUUCUAAACUCUUGUUGUCAACCAAUCGAUUGAUGGCUGAAGAGAAACAAAACAUCAGUAUCGCCUGUACUGCUACUGGUCAGCCGCUCCCUAGUAUCACGUGGUCCAAGUCCGUUGGUAAUAUGCCUGAAGACAGAACUGAAGUGAUCAAUGGAAACCUGACAAUCCACGGUGUGGCUAAAAAUGACGGUGGAACAUACAUCUGUAAAGCGGAGAAUAUCCUGGGACCAGUAACAGACACAGCUCAGCUCGUGAUAUUUUCUCGUUUGCGGUUCGAAAUCCGUCCUCCUCAAGAGGUGACUCCUGUGUUCGGCUUUAGUGUCCAUCUGCCGUGUGUAGCUAAGAGUGACCUGAAACCGACAAUCGCUUGGACCAAGGAUGGGAAGACCUCACUUCCUGUAGAAUCCAAUGUUCUACAGAAUGGGACGCUGUUGAUUACGAAUAUCAAGAAAUCACACGAAGGAUCUUACACCUGCAUAGUGACUAAUGCUCUAAGAGCAAUAGAAGCUCAAGUCAAAAUCAAUUCCCCAGUGACUGCGACUUCCUGUUCUGUGAUAAGAAAACACGUCAGCAGUGUAAGCGGAAAUUACGUCAUUGAUCCAGAUGGCACGGGAGGAGUGGCACCAUUUACAGUUUACUGUGACAUGAGUGACAAGAAUGGAACUGGCGUGACGGCAAUUAGUCACGACAGUGAGAGCAGAACGCACGUGAAGGGAUGUGAACCUGUCGGUUGUUAUUCACGUGGCAUUCAUUACAGAGGAGUGAGCCUGUCUCAGCUGGCGAGUCUCACCAAAGUUUCCUCGCACUGUGAGCAGUUUAUCAAGUAUGAGUGUUAUAAUUCAUUGUUCGUCAGUGGCAGCGCUAAUUAUGCCUGGUGGGUGUCACUUGACUCUACUAAAAUGACGUAUUGGGGUGGGGCAUCACCUGGCAGUGGUAAGUGCGCAUGCGGGAUGACCAACUCAUGUGCAGACUCGAGUCGUGGUUGCAACUGUGACAAGAAUGACAAUGUAUGGCGUGAAGACAGCGGUUUCCUCACUGACAAGACACAUCUACCAGUUAAACAGCUCAGGUUUGGAGAUAUAGGCGAUAGCGGCGAGCAAGGCUACCACACAUUGGGAAAACUUAAGUGCUAUGGCAUAGCAUAACAUUCAGACAUACUUUUAGUAUUCUAAAAAUAGCAAUCAAUGGUAACAAUACCUUUCAUAACAAAAUGCAGUUAUGACAUCCUUACUAUUUGAAGGGAUCUUGAUUAUUUUUUGUUUUCGAAAUUCAAGAGUACGAUAGAUCGCAAAACCCACUUUUUUAGUAGUAGCAUGGUGGCAAGCGAGGAUACUAAAUGACUGAAUUGUUGUUUUCUCUUCGUAGCUAUAGCUUUGGAAGCGUAAGACGUCUGUACCACUUAGUGAUAAACAUGAAGUUAUAGCUUCGGAAACAACUGUAGGUUACACAAUCACACAUGAA